UAUGGGACAUUCAGAGGAGUCCCUCAUUCAUAGGUAAUAUGUUCUUGACACAGGGAGCUAGUGCUAAUGUAGCAGGCAGCGGAGCAUCGUGGGGGCUUUACUUCUUCUUGUGAGUGGGUGCCCCCUGCAAUCAGAGCUGGAAAUCAGCGGUCUCUUUCCCCUCAGCUAUAAUGCGAUGAAGUUUUCGCUACAAGAAGGAGACAUAGACGUCUCUCUCUCUGCCCUGCACCAUCUCAUGUGUGCAGUCUUCGCAGGUCUUCACAGUCAUGAUACUUCCACUUUCUUUUCUCUGGUGUAACCUUAAGGACCACAACAUUUUGGUAUUCGACAACACCAACAUGGUGGAUCAUUUCUUAGGUUUAUCUGUGAAAAAUGGCAAAAUUUUUUGCCGCCUUGUAAAUAUUUUAGCUCUGUUGUUACGUAUAUAUCUCUCUCAUGUGUAGGAGCGCUGACUCUGACAGUGACCAACCCAAUAUGGGUCGUGAAGACAAGAAUGUGCCUGGUCUCGUCUCCCUCUCUCCCUCGUCACAUGAGGUACAGAGGACUCCGGGACGGCCUGGCGAACCUCUGGAGACACGAGGGACUGCGAGGAAUGUACACAGGGUAUGUCCCUGGUUUGAUUGGCACGUCACAUGGGGCAAUACAGUUCAUGGUCUACGAAGAGUUAAAGAAGUUUUACUGCCACCACUACAACCUUCCUCUCUCAACUCAACUGAGCCCACUUCACUACAUCGCCAUGGCAGCCAGCAGUAAGGUGGUGGCAGUGACGGCCACAUACCCAUACCAGGUGAUCCGGGCACGGCUUCAGGACCAGGAGCAGCGAUACUCUGGACUCAGGGACACCAUUUGGAGAACAUACAGACAUGAAGGUGUGAGAGGGUUCUAUAAGGGAAUCACGGCCAACUUGGCUAAAGUAGUGCCUGCAGUGUCCAUCACUUUUGUCGUGUAUGAGAACGUGUCAGCUGCUCUCAGAUAGCCACACCCACUGACCACACCCACUCAUUCCAAUCAAUUUUCAUGACAGAAUGACAUCGUUUUAUGUUUUGUUUCUCAAUGCCAUUUGGAGUGAGAUAAAGGGAAACGAAAGUUCAGAGUGAGAAAGAGUCGGAGCCUGAAGUUUGUAGUGAGAUGGGGGGUCCACUGCUACUUUGAACAAUUAUUAACACCAUAAAGCAGUGACAGAAAUAAAACUAUUUGCUACCGUGAUAAAUACUGAAGACUGAAUAAUA